GAAUAGGGGGGGGGGGGGGGGAUAGUGCUAUAGAGAAGUGUUACACCAAGAGUAUAGCUCUUUUAUGUAUGUAUAUCUCCUUUUUAAUGUGGCAUUUGGUGUUAUUGGAUUUCCCUUUAAGUUUCUCUCGAAAUUUCAAUAAAUGAGAGUGUUUUCCUUUUAGGACUUUCUUUUCCUGUGUUUUUAUCAUCAUUCAGACAAUUGAGAAGUGCUGUGAGGACCAGUAUUAUUCUUUGUUUUCUUUUCUCCUUCUGCAAGAUGUGGAUGUGGAUAUCUGGCUAUAAUGCUAUAUAGUCACACAUUUUCUGUCUUUUUUGUUUUUGGCUCGAUAGGGGAUCUCCCUUCUAUUGUGCACUCAAAUAACUCCAACUUUUCAUUGUUAAUUGUUACAAUCUAAGGCCCUCUUAUUUUAAAUAUCGACUGUCAAAUAGUGCCUAAAACAUGUCAGUGACUGUUUCCAUAUUUAAGAGCUAGAACUCUGAAAGUCUUAAUACACAGUACACAAAACAAAUGCUAUUUUGGUUCAGUUAUAGUAUUUUGACCUGAGGCAAUGAAAACAAGGAGAGGAAAACGCUCAGAGGCCUUUUGGCCUUCCCUUGUGAUGAAGAAAUGGUUGAACAUAAAGCCAAAGGUGUAUGAUUUUAGUGAAGAUGAAGUAGACACUGAAACUGAGAGUGAAGAUGAUGCUUGCUCUCUUAAAGAUUCAAUACUGGGUGUGCGUGAAGAUAAUCCACUUAGAACACAAUCCAUAUUCCCAAGUCAAACAUCAGAUGCACCUUGUAAGGGCUACAAGACAAGACAUAAAAGAGGGAAAUCAGAAACUCUUCGUGUUCAAUACAUAAAUACAAAGGAAGUGAGGGUAACAAUUGGCACAUGGAAUGUUGCUGGAAGAGCUCCAAGUAAGGAUCUUGAUAUUGAGGACUGGCUUUGUACCAAUGAGCCAGCAGAUAUUUACAUUAUUGGUUUCCAAGAGGUUGUCCCCCUGAGUGCUGGAAAUGUUCUGGGGGCAGAGGAUAACACACCCAUCCGAAAAUGGGAAGCAAUCAUCCGAAGAACUCUAAACAAAUCUUCUGAACCUGAAAGCAAGCACAAAAGCUACAGUGCCCCUCAUUCUCCUGUUUUAAGAACUUCUGCUUCUGCUGAUGUUCUAGCAGACAGUGUAGAUGUUAAUUCACUAGACAUGAUGAAUGAGGAGUAUCUAGGAACUUUUGACAGUGAUGAUCUAGAACAAGAGGAAGUGAAAAGCACAUCUGGUAUAGGAAAGAAUUUACAGCUGAGGAAAAGACAUGACAUUGAUCUUCAGACUAUACUUGACUGGCCUGAACGUCCAUUAGAUGCAACUCCACAUACUGAUUCCAGUCCAAAAUUGCGUAGAGUACUAAGCAGCUCAGACAGAACUGGCUUUAGCUGGACAGAUAAUGCUUCAAAAUAUGCUGGUGUAAUGAAACGAUCACACCAUAGUUCUGGAAAUUUGGGCUUGUUAUGGAAAGAGCAGAAAGUGAUGCCUGAAGAAGUAAUUGAUACUAUUGACGACUUGUCUGAUGUGCUAUUGGACGAGGAAGAUGAUGAUUAUUUUGAAGUGCCAAAUGACAAAGAAGUUAAUGGAAUAGGUAUGGUGAAAUCUCAUCGUAAGUAUCUCCGGAUUGUCAGCAAGCAGAUGGUAGGAAUAUAUGUGUCUGCUUGGGUGCAAAGGAGGUUGAGAAGGCACAUUAAUAACUUGAAAGUUUCUCCAGUUGGAGUUGGUCUUAUGGGCUACAUGGGAAACAAGGGAUCUGUUUCAGUUAGUAUGUCUCUCUUUCAGUCACGUUUGUGCUUUGUUUGUUCCCAUCUGACUUCUGGUCAGAAGGAUGGAGCAGAAAUAAGACGAAACUCAGAUGUUCAUGAAAUUAUUCGCCGCACUUGUUUCUCAUCCGUCUUUGAUACAGAUCAACCACAAACAAUCCCAUCUCAUGAUCAAAUUUUCUGGUUUGGGGAUUUGAAUUAUCGUAUCAAUAUGAUGGAUGAAGAGGUUCGAAAGCUGGUAGCUCUAAAGAAAUGGGAUGAACUUAUGAAUUGCGAUCAGCUAAGUAAUGAAUUACGUAGUGGUCAUGUGUUUGAUGGAUGGAAAGAGGGGUUGAUAAACUUCCCACCCACUUACAAGUAUGAAUUUAAUUCUGAUACAUACAUCGGUGAGAACCAAAAAGAAGGGGAAAAGAGGAGAUCUCCAGCCUGGUGUGAUCGUAUAUUAUGGCUAGGAAAAGGAAUAAAGCAACUUGAAUACAGGCGUUCAGAAAAUAAGCUCUCAGAUCAUCGACCAGUUAGUUCAAUAUUCUCGGUUGAUGUUGAAGUAUUUGAUCACCGGAAACUGCAACGAGCAUUGAAUUUCACAAAUGCAGCAGUACACCAUGAGAUUUUCCUUAAAGAAGAUAGCGACUGGUCAUAUUAGAUAUCCACCAAAGAUUGGGGUAUUAUAAACAUACUACUAAUUACUGGUAAAUAUACAUUUCUAUCUUCAAGAGCUGUUAUGUAGGAAAUGCUUUAAUUAAAGACAACGGACUGGGCGUUAGCUUGACAGAUCAUGUAAAAGAUGUCAAAUUUUAAGGGUCACACUAACAACUAGUUCUGCAGGCAGCUUCCUUUUUGAAUCUCUUUUUGGAGUCUUAAACAUUACAAUUAGAGGUAGCUCUAACAAGCAAAUGUACAUAGUCAUGCAUUAGGAUACUGUGAAAGUUUUUUCUCUGUAUUUAACAUCUGGGUGUCCAAUUUUGAUCUAGUUAACUUCCAAGUUAAUAUAUCUAAGUUCCCAAUGUAGACAACAAUAAACUUUAACUAGUAGUGUCUUGUCUUUCAUUGUAUAUUAUAUGUUACUCAUUGCAUAUUAUAUUCAAUACUGUUAUUGAUCGAG